AAUAGUGAACUUUAUUUAUUUACGAGAAACAUGCUAGAUGACAUAAUAAAGAAAAUAUCACAAAGGUCGUGCUGGUCGAAAACUCAUAAUUUGACAACUGUUCAAAAAUGGAACACGAUCUGCCAUCUUCGGGCAUUAUAACUUGAUGAUCUGAACGACUACCGCUUCUCCCUAACAAACAAAAAUCAAAAAAUAUAAUAAAAAGAAGAUAUUUAUUGUGAUAUUUUUCUGAUAGUUUAUUUAGUUUAAGCACAAUGCCUGUUUACUAUGGUGGAUACUACGGCGGCGCCCAUAGCGGCGGCUACUGCUUAUACUCCAACUGCUGCCACCCCUCCAUUGGAGGCUGCGGCCCCUGUGGACCCUUGCCAGGACCAUGCUGUGGACUCUCCUGCUAGUGAGGAGCUGAUCGCAGUCGAGUGGCCCAGCGACAGUUACAUACGGAACAGGAACGUUCACUUAACAUUGUCCCUACUAACGUUCGUGACCCUGUCAGCCCUCAGCAUACUGUGGUUCCUCACGGAGUAUAGUAUUGUCAAAUCAUACGUGAAUAUUGUCCAAAUAAAAUUGUCCAAAUGA